AUGGACGAUCUCUUACAAGCUGUGAAGAACGUUGGAGUCAAAAAUAUUGAUGCGGUUUUAUACGACACUCCAAGCAUUUAUCAAAGUGUAUCUGCUGCUUUCACUAAUGCUUCAGGACCACAACAUAUGGUGGCUAAAAAAUCACGCCCAAUUGAAAUUUUUUCUAGUAGUGAAACAAGGGGAGGUAGAAUUAUUGUAGCUUGGAAAUAUGAGGAUCUGAAGAUUGACAUCAAGAGAUAUCAUAACCAAUAUAUCCAUGUUGAGGUCAACCCCAUGUUGAUUCUCAAGAACAUGCAACUUUUGAAAAAUUUCUUGAAAAACAAAUACAUGGGCACACAUAUUGAGGAUAGCCUUCGUCAUGCAGAAGCUAAGCUGAGCUGGUUGAAGUUUGGGGAUGGCAAUACAAAACUAUUUCACAAUAGCAUCAAGAAAACACGGAAUGCAAACACAAUUCGAACACUUCAAAUUGAUGGUAACAAAACUACAGAUCAAAACAAAAUUCAGCAAGCAUUCCUGAAAUAUUUCAAAGGCAUCCUAAGUAGCAAGCUUGAUAAUCGACAGAGGAUCAAUAUGGACAUCAUCAAAGAAGGCCCCUCCAUGAAUGACCACCAUAGACAGCUCCUCAACCUUCAGUUCUCAUAUGACGAAAUCAAGCAAGCAAUGUGGAGUAUCCCAGACAAUAAAGCCUUAGGUCUUGAUGGCUACAAUAGUGCUUGGAAUGUGACUGUCAUUACCCUUAUUCCAAAGACCAAUUUCCCAAAUGACCCUGGAGGCUUCGAUCUAUAUCCUGUUGCCAUGUCAUAUACAAAUGGAGCUUUUGUUGCAGGUCGCAACAUCCUUCACAAUAUUCUCCUUUGUCAAGAUAUUAUGAAGCACUAUGAAUGGAAGAAUUGCCCAGCUAGCUGCCUUCUCAAAAUUAUCUCCGCAAAAACACUUCAAGGCCAGAGAGGCAUUUGGCAAGGAGACCCAAUCUCUCCCCUCCUUUUUGUCAUUGGAAUGGAAUAUUUAUCUAGAACCUUGAAAACUUCUAGCAAGUUAAGCAGAUUUAAUUAUCAUCCCAGAUGUAAGAAGUUAAGGCUCAAUCACCUUAUUUUUGCAGAUGACCUUAUGCUGAUGUGCAAAGGAGAUCAUACAUCCAUUCAGGUCCUCAUGGAGAGCAUCACAAACUUCUCUAAGGCCUCCGGCCUCAGUACUAACUUCAACAAAUCUGCGAUGUUCUUAGCAGGCUUGAGCACCUCUUACAAGCAGGAGCUGUCCAAAGAGUUUCAAUUCCCCCCAGGAAACCUCCCUGUAAAAUAUCUUUGUGUUUCUCUCUCCUCAAAACGUAUUAUUGCUAUGGACUGUGAUAUCCUUGUGGAGAAGAUGGCUAAAAGAAUCAAAUCAUGGAAUACUAAGUUCUUAUCGUAUGCUGCUAGGCUCCAACUGAUUAGUGUUGUGUUAAUGAGUAUAUCGAGCUACAGGUGUUAG